AUGGGGAAAGUAAAGACUCAUUCAAAACUUGUGGUUGUGAUUAAGAAGCCGUAUGGUAGGGAGGGGGUUUUAUCGAUAAUGCCACCACGUGUACGAGGCAAGGGAAACGGUCCAAUGAGAGGUGGACCAUCAAGACAUGCAGGACCUUCCCAUAGGCGCACUCCGUCUGCGUUAUUUUCUAGCUCGAAUUCGCAUGACCAAUGGGGUCAUUCGUUUGAACCCACGAGACACUCGGUCUCAUUGAGUUCAUCACCCUCGUUUCAUCCAUCAUUUGGGCUGCCUAUUCCAGACGAGCCCCAGCAUUCCCAUCACUCUCAUGUUUCACAUCAUUCACAAGAUUCCCACCAAUCCUACCAUUCCUUGCAUUCUCAUUCUUUCCAUCACUCUGAUUCCACGUAUUCUCCAGCCCAGUUCAACCCUAAUGACUAUGUCAACGAUUUUCUGGGUUUCAAUCCUCUAGGACCCGAGGAUCACUUUUCCCAGGAGAUGGAAAUGGAUGACGACCCCGAUCCUGAUCUGCAAACCGGAACACCAGGUCACCCUAUCAGCAUCUCUAGCGGUUCUCCAUACCAAGGAUCACCUACCGAGGGCCCGACUCGUUUGUCGAAAGUUUCUCCACCACCUCUACCCGUUGAGGAACCACCUCAACAACCACCUCAACCACCUCCCGAGCCGCCGAGGCGAAGGAGGAAUGCACGAAUAUCCGUGCGAGGGGGAUCACGGUUCAGUUCCCCUCAAGGUUCAAGCUCAUACCCUCCGAUUCCUGAGGACCCCCAAAUGGGUGGACCCUCGCAUGCGGUGCCGGAAGACGAUCCUCCGCCGGUUUCUUAUGCACCGCCGCCACCGCCAGUGGGUUUUGAAAACCUGAUACCGACUUACCCAGGUUCUUCUGGGUAUAACCCUUUUGAAUACCCAACUUCUGCGGGUUAUGGAACUCAUGAUCCAUACCUUACAGCAGCACAGUAUAAUGCACUUUAUCCUUCUUCUUAUCCUCCAGUUUACCCAACUGGAUAUCCAGUGCAGGGGUAUCAAUACCCACCUUACCAGCAACCUCCUCCUCCCCAACAGGAGCAAACUCAGGAGAUUCUACAGAGGUUGGAUAGGGUUGAGCGUAAAGCAGAUGAAACCAAUAAGAAGCACAGCAGCUUUCUCAAGGGCUUUGCAAGUCUCAUCAAAGGCAAAAAGAAAUAG